AUGUCUGACGAAAAGAACCAAGCGGAGGUCUAUCAAAAGACCAAAGGUGGUAACGCCGCUUUCCACAAUUUUAUCAAUGAUUUCGCACACAUCGAGGAUCCUCUGGAGAGAAGAAGAUUGGCUCUGCAGAAAAUCGACCAAGCGGACUUUGGCUGGUACCAUGUCCGUGCCAUCAUGGUUGCGGGUGUCGGGUUUUUGACUGAUUCGUACGAUAUUUUUGCCAUUAACAUGGGUAUUACCAUGAUGGCGUACGUUUUCUGGGAGGGAAACAUGCCCAGCUCCACCACGACCCUGUUGAAGGUAUCCACCUCUGUUGGUACCGUUAUUGGCCAACUUGGUUUCGGUAUGAUGGCCGACAUUGUCGGUCGUAAGAAGAUUUACGGUACUGAACUUAUUAUCAUGAUUUCCGCCUGUGUUUUGCAAUGUACCAUUGGUAAAUCGCCCGGUGUCAGUUUCGUCGCUACUUUGACCUUCUACCGUAUCAUCAUGGGUAUCGGUAUCGGUGGUGAUUACCCAUUGUCCUCUAUCAUUACAUCUGAAUUUUCCACUACCAAAUGGAGAGGUGCCAUCAUGGGUGCCGUCUUCGCCAACCAGGCUUUUGGUCAAAUCGCCGCCGGUAUCAUCGCUUUGAUUCUUGCUGCCGCCUACAAGGACGAACUAAUCCACGCCAAGAACGGAAAGGAGUGCGGUGAAGCCUGCAUGAAGGCUUGCGACCAAAUGUGGAGAAUUUUGAUCGGUCUCGGCUGUGUUCCAGGUGUCGUUGCCCUGUAUUUCAGACUAACCAUCCCAGAAUCCCCUCGUUACACUUUGGACGUUGUUAACGGUAUCAACCAAGCUGCCGCCGACACUUCUAAGUUCGUCUCCGGUGAACACGGUAGCGCUGACGUUGAUGAAGUCGCUCGUCUCGAGAGAGCCCCUACCGCUGUUGAGCAAUAUGAAGUUACUCCACCAAAGGCUUCCUUUAAGGACUUCAACAGACACUUCAGCCAAUGGAAAUACGGUAAGAUUCUUGUCGGUACUGCUUUCUCCUGGUUCGCUCUAGAUGUUGCUUUCUACGGUUUAGGUCUAAACACCGCUGUCAUUUUGCAAACUAUUGGUUACGCCAGUUCUUCUAACGUUUACGAGAAGCUAUGGAACUCUGCUGUUGGUAACUUGAUUUUGAUCUGUGCUGGUUCUUUGCCAGGUUACUGGGCCUCCGUUGCUACCAUUGACAUCAUCGGUAGAAAGCCAAUUCAACUCUUCGGUUUCUUCAUUUUGACCGUUUUAUUCUGUGUUAUCGGGUUCGCAUACCACAGAUUGAGUGACGGUGGCUUGCUAGGUCUAUACGUCGUCUGUCAAUUCUUCCAAAACUUCGGUCCUAACGUUACUACUUUUAUCAUCCCAGGAGAAAUCUUCCCAACCAGAUACAGAUCGACUGCCCACGGUAUCUCUGCCGCCUCGGGUAAGAUUGGUGCCAUUAUUGCUCAAACUGCUCUAGGAACUCUGAUCAACUACCACUGUGAAGGUAAGAAGAAGAACUGUUGGUUGCCACACGUGAUGGAGAUUUUUGCUCUAUUCAUGCUGUGUGGUAUGUUCAGCAGUUUGUUGAUCCCUGAAACGAAGAGAAUGACUCUUGAAGAGAUUACUGAAAAAUAUCACGACGAAGUCGACACUGGUAAGUACUCCAGUUCUUACUCCAACUCUUCCAACCUCAACGAGUCUGUUUGA